AUGUUAUUUUGUUUAGGUAUCGAAAAUAUUGCCUGUCAUUUUGUUGGCAAAGAGCUGUGGGAAGCAGUUUUCCCCGAAUCAUCAGUGUGCCUUAAUCAACCAGGUUCGGUUGCAGUUGACUUUGUACCUGCCCAAGUGUGCCUAUUGUGCGAUCGUCAACGAGCCGAAGCUGCCACGGAUAUAAUUGACAAUAAGUUAGUGAUGUGUGAUUCUGACUCUGGUGUGUGUUCGUCGGCUUCACCUCCCACCUCACCACGAGCAUCACAACCUGUGCCCUCAGCAUCAACGGAUGCGACAAUGCUCUGCAUUUCUAACAUAUAUGAGCGAACCAGGGAAGCCAUCAUGCGGAUGCAAGCUGCUCAGCAAUGUGAGUUCUUGCUUGAGUAUCUGACGUAG